UGUUUUUGCUCGGCAACGUUGCCACGUUUGCGUUCUGGAAGCUAGCUAGUAGAAAGCGAUCGAGGUGUUGCCUUCAGCCUCACAACACACAAAAAGAAACCAUGAGCGACCCUACUAGCGACAACGAUCGGUUCAUUGCCAACGCAGAGACAUGGUGUGGUCGAUCGGUCUGUAUAAGCAGCAGCGGUCGUGGCGGCUGGGUCACCUUGACCGAGAAAUCGCACAACGCCCAAGUCACCACCACCUGUAACUAUGGCGGCUCCCGGCAAUCCUUCCACAUUGAAUCCGUUCCGGACAUGCCGGGUGUCGUGACGUUUCGUGUGGAAGGAACAGCCGAUCUGUACCUCACCAACAUCAUGUACGGGGAUCAGCACCGCCAAAAUGCGGCGGGAGCACUGGCGUCGAUUCCGGGUCUAUUGGCAGAACACAUCGGGAUGGUGGUGGAUUUUGCCGUAGGUCGUCCCACGGAUGAAUCCAACUUUGAAGGAGCCGGUUUCAAUUACAGUCCCAUGGUGGCGCAAAGAGGACCCUCCAGCAAAUUACAAAUGUUUCGGCUGGAAGGGAGGGGCCGGCACUUGGGGGUCAAGUCUCUCUUUGGAACGUAUUGGAGAUGCCAGUGGUGGAAUCAAACCGUUUCACAGUCCCCACACAUGUUGGGGGAUGAAACAUGGUGUUUUUACAAUGCUGAAGAUAUCAACAACAGAGACGAGGAUACGCACGAUGACGAUGACUCGUCUUCUGCUGGGUGGGAUUCCAAUGACGAAGCUUAUGAGGAUGCUUAUUGGAGCGAGGAAGAGGAAUCAAAGGAAGAGGAAUCAGAGGAAGAGGAAUCAGAAGACGAGGAAUCGGAAGGCGGGGGGUCAAUGGAAGAGUAGUGGUUUUGUGUAAAUGUCGCUAACUAUAGAGGCAACUGAUAAGCCACGCCAGCACACGACGUGUUAGAUUUGCAUUGUUUGUCGUGUUUGUCGUGUUUGUCGUGUUUGUCGUGUUUGUC